AUGAGAAUCGGUAUAUCUGAACCUUCUGAGGGGGGUAGAAGGACAGAAAGAGGGAUGCGGGCAGCUGAGCAGGCUCACAAGGUGGUUGCAAGUUACAAACCUUCCAAGUUUGACAAAAAAAUCCUCCUCUGGACUGGACGUUUCAAGACCGAAGAAGAGAUUCCUCUGAGGAUCCCGCCAGAGAUGCUGGACAGGGCGAGGAACAAGGCUCGAGUUAAAGCCUGUUACAUCAUGAUCGGCCUCUCUGUUGUUGCCUGUUUCGCAGUGAUCGCCUCGGCUAAGAAGGCGGCCGCACGUCACGAGUCCCUGACGAGCUGGAACCUGGCAAAGAAGGCCAGGUGGCGCAGAGAGGCCGCGCUGGCGGCUGAGACCAAGACAAAGUAACCCCACAGGCAAGGCCGGAUGGUCCUGGCAGCAGCAAGAUUAACUGACGCCAAGAGCAACUACUGAAUUUCACCACUAAAUGGGUAACUGUAGCAUUGCAGAGAGGGGAACCUGACAGGAGUAGUUACACGACCACAAAAAGAAAGGGAGGGUCUCUUCUAGCAGAGAGAUACUCAAUGUACUGGUUGCAUAUAAUUAAAAUUAGGUAGAAUGUUUUUGCACGUGACUAAAAGCAGUAAUGAAUUUCCAAGGAGGUAAGGUGGUUUCCUAGGAAUGUCAGGUAUGGGGGGAACCAACCUUCUGCUAUCUUAAAACCUUUCUUUCAGGCUUGACCUUGCGCUGUUGUACAGCUACAAGUUCCUUACAGAAAAAACAGUUGACUUUUUCAAUGAAAGGUUAAAUACAGCACAGACCAGGCACUAGUGAAGUCCAAGUAUGGAAACUACAAAAAUAAGACUUAGGCAAUUCACUUUGCAAUUCUAUGCGAAGAACAAGCUGUACUCAGCUCAAAUAUUACAGAUCUUAAACAAUGAGAAGGUUUGGAGAAGUGAGCUGAAGGAAAUUGGUCUGAUAACCCCACAAAUUCUCAAUGCCGUAUAGACUUAAUGGGAAUUCCCAAACAACUGGUCAGUUCUGGAGGCAGUCAGGGCUGUGACAAUGAUCCUACAAGUAUAUGUUUGGUUAGAUAUUUGCAAAACAUACUUAAAACCUGUAAUUGUUCUGUCUGGUGACAGUGCAUAGUUUUAGAGUGCACAAAUCAGCCAGUUUGAAUUCAUUUGCCUCAACGCUGUAUUCAAACUGGUAUUUGUGUUCUCUAGUUAGAGCAACCACACUUACUGAACCACUAAAUAAAUACAAUAAACAUCUGUAAAAUAGGU